UGGGGCCCGCAUCCCAGCCCCACCUGCCAUUUUCCUCCGUUCGCUCAUCUCCUCCGCCUCGUCACCGUCCUUCCUCCUCUCUUCCCUCCCUCAUCUCGUGUCGGCUCGAAAGUCGAAACCCUAGACCAACCACCCUCCCCUCGUACGUAGGAACAGGGACAGAGAUGUAUGCGGACCAGAUCUCCACCGGCCGCAAGCGCUCCAUCCAUGACCGCCUUGACGCCGACCUCCCCUCCGACCGCGGCGGCGCGGACGCCGCCGGCCGGGCUCGUAACGCGCUGUCCAAGAGGCAACGACAAACUGAUGAUAAAUGGAAGCAUGAUCUUUACCGGGAUGAUGAAUCAGCUUCAAGAUCAGUUGAUCCACGGGAUUUGCGAUUCAAGCUUCAGAAGAAAAGCUCUCAGCAAGGGUUUGCUGGCCAAAAGGGUUCCAGGGUACGUGAUCUACGUGAGAUGUUAUCUGGAACAAUGCAUGCACAACCAUCAAAUGUUGACCCUCAAAAGAGGAAACCGGUGUCAGAGGUUGUGAAAGUCACAAGGCGUGAAAAUGUUGAUGAAAGGCCUGUACGCCUAAGUAAGAAAGUAUCAAAACCAUCAACAUCCAAGAAGACUUCUCAGCCAAAGGCUGAAAGUCCACUCGACAGUUUUCUGAAAUCACUAGGACUUGAGAAGUAUUCUAUUACCUUCCAGGCGGAGGAGGUUGACAUGGCGGCCCUACGUCACAUGACUGAAAGUGAUCUCAAGGCGUUGGGCAUCCCGAUGGGUCCUAGGAAGAAGAUUACCCUUGCCUUGGAAUCCAGAGCGUAGGGCAAGUCCCUGGAGUACAAUGUAGAAAAGCAGGGAGAUGUGGUAGGUUUUUGCUCAUCUACAAGUUUGGCAUAUCUUGGAAAGCAGUGGUACAGGUACAACAAUGCGGUGUCUCUUGUAAUGGCAUGUUGCUGUAAGAUUAUUAGACUGCUGUUGUUUAUCUGGUCUGCAUGCUUUCCUGGCCAGACCAGCUGAUUAACUGAUGAGGUAUCCGUGCUGUUGAAGCUGCGGUGAUGUUCUUGCUGUAUACUAUUAUUACGCCUUUUUUUUCAUUGGAAACUGGCACUAUUAGAGUCAUAGAGUUGAGAUUCUCCAAUUAGUAUUUCAAGUGUUGCGUUGCUCAGUGUAAAGGUUUUAAAUUUCAUCUGUUUUCUUGCUCA